AUGGCAGUCGACUUAAAAAAUAAUCUUUCUAUAAAAAACUUUGUAGAAUAUCUACAAAUACCAAGCGUGCAGCCAAAUGUUAAUUAUGAUGGAUGUGUUAAUUUUUUGAAAAGACAAAGCCAGGAAAUAGGCUUAAGAUUUAAGGUGUAUGAGCUAGUAUCGACUAAGCCCAUCGUAAUCCUAACCUGGCCAGGUUUGGAUCCCAGCCUUCCAUCGAUUUUACUUAACUCACAUAUGGACGUAGUUCCAGUAUUUGAGGAGAGCUGGACUUAUCCACCAUUCAGCGCGCACAUAGAUGAACAUGGAAAAAUCUUUGCUCGUGGCUCGCAGGAUAUGAAAUGUGUUGGUAUUCAGUACCUAGAGGCUAUAAGAAAAUUGAAGUCUUCAGGAAUUCAACUAAAAAGGACGCUACAUGUUUCCUUUGUACCAGACGAAGAGAUCGGUGGUCACGAUGGCAUGAAGAUAUUCGUCCACACGGAUUCUUUUAAGGCUUUAAACGUAGGUUUCGCUUUGGACGAAGGCAUGGCGAAUCCGGACGAAGAAUUCAUUGUGUUCAAUGGCGAAAGGAAUAUUUGGCAAAUCCACGUAAUCUGUACCGGCCAACCGGGUCACGGAUCUCUUCUCAUACCUAACACUGCUGGCGAAAAGAUGAGAUACAUAAUCAAUAAGUUCAUGGACUUACGAGAUGAGCAAAAGAAAAUUCUGGAAAGCAAUCCUAAACUGACAAUCGGUGAUGUAACGACCAUAAAUUUGACUCAAGUAUUCGGUGGUGUACAAUCGAAUGUGGUGCCAGAAAAAUUAACAGUGGUUUUUGAUUGUCGACUCGCCAUUCACGUGGACCAUGAAGAAUUCGAGAACAGGAUCAAACAAUGGUGUAAGGAAGCCGGCGAGGGUGUGACAUUUGAAUUUGAACAAAAAAAUGCUCCUGUAGAAUGCACGAAGACAGAUGCCAGCAAUAUUUAUUGGGUUGCAUUUAAAUCCGUGGCCGAUGAGUUGAAUCUUAAAUUAGAUAUAAGAAUAUUCCCCGGUGGCACAGACAGUCGGUAUGUUCGGAAGGUUGGAAUACCUGCAAUUGGAUUUUCUCCUAUGAACCACACUCCAGUACUAUUGCAUGAUCAUGAUGAAUUUUUGGACGCAAAUAUUUUCUUGAAAGGCAUUGAUAUUUACGUCAAAUUGAUCCCAGCCAUUGCUAAUGUUUAA